GCACGCUUUUGAUUGGGCAGCCACUCUUGUCACUCUACGCGGUCGACAGCAGGAGGCGGGCCCGGCUCCCCGCUGCCGCGCAAUACCGGCCUUCCAUUGGCUCAUCCUCCUGUCGCUCUGCGCCGCGGGGGGCGCGGAUUGGCGGCCGCCUCACGGGGUGUCCCGCCCCGCGGGGCCGUGCGGCGCAGGCGCGCCGGGGGCGGUGGCUGCGGCGGUGGCGGCUGAGCGGGGCCGGAGCGGGGCCGGGCGGCCCAUGGGGCCGGGCCGCGCUGCCGAUGGAGCCGCCGCGCAGCUGUGGCGAUGGCGCAGAGGACGAGAAGAAGCCGCGGCGGCGGGGCGGCGGUGCGGACGCCGGACCCUCCCAGCUGCGGCGGCGAAGCAGCGGCGGCGCGGCGGGCGCGGACAGCGCGGCGGCUCCGCAGCCCCGCGAACGCGGCGGCUCCGUGAGCCGGCAGCGGCGGGACUCGGUCCGCAAGAACCGUCCGCUCUUUCCCUGGUUUGGCUUGGACAUCGGAGGGACCUUGGUCAAACUGGUUUAUUUUGAACCCAAGGACAUCACGGCCGAAGAGGAAGAGGAAGAAGUGGAAAACCUCAAAAGCAUCCGCAAAUACCUGACAUCCAACGUAGCCUAUGGCUCCACAGGCAUUCGGGAUGUGCACCUUGAGCUCAGGGACCUUACCCUGUGUGGACGUAAAGGCAAUCUGCACUUUAUACGCUUUCCUACCCAUGACAUGCCUGCUUUUAUCCAAAUGGGAAGCGAAAAGCACUUCUCGAGCCUCCAUACUACCUUAUGUGCCACGGGAGGUGGAGCGUACAAAUUUGAGCAGGACUUUCGCACAAUGGGUGACCUUGAGCUUUGUAAGCUCGAUGAGCUGGACUGCCUCAUUAAAGGAGUGCUGUACAUCGACUCCGUGGGCUUCAAUGGACACUCCGAGUGUUACUAUUUUGAGAACCCCACGGAUGCUGAGAGGUGCCAGAAGCUCCCGUUCAACCUGGAGAAUCCCUAUCCUCUGCUCCUGGUGAACAUUGGCUCAGGGGUCAGCAUUUUGGCUGUCUAUUCCAAAGACAACUAUAAACGAGUAACAGGCACCAGCCUUGGAGGGGGAACCUUCUUUGGCCUCUGCUGCCUUCUGACGGGCUGCUCCACGUUUGAGGAGGCCCUGGAGAUGGCAUCCCAUGGGGACAGCACCAAGGUGGACAAACUGGUGAGGGACAUCUACGGAGGAGACUACGAGCGCUUCGGGCUGCCAGGCUGGGCUGUGGCAUCCAGCUUUGGAAACAUGAUGAGCAAGGAGAAGAGGGAAUCUGUCAGCAAGGAGGACCUGGCCAAGGCCACUUUAAUCACCAUCACCAACAACAUCGGCUCCAUAGCUCGGAUGUGUGCCCUUAACGAGAACAUCAACCGUGUGGUGUUCGUGGGCAACUUCCUUCGGAUCAACACCAUCUCCAUGAGGCUGCUGGCCUAUGCCCUGGACUACUGGUCAAAGGGACAGUUAAAAGCACUUUUCUUGGAACAUGAGGGUUACUUCGGCGCGGUCGGUGCUCUCCUGGGACUCCUGGACUCAGCCUGACUCCGUGCAGGAUCUGUGUUGGACCUAUGGAUUCAGGGCACUCCCUGGGCCACUGAGCCCGUGCUUUGGGGGUCGCUGAGCCCAUGUUUGGUGUCACAGCCCCCACUGAGGCUGUUCCACUGUGGUGGCCUGUGGGGAUGGGUGUCUGGAAGAGCUGAAAUCCAUCUGGGAUUACAGCACGGGUUUGUUCCAAAGGAUGUGAUCGGAAUACACUGGCUGGACAUGGGGGUGUAUGGGAAGGUCUGGGGGGCAUUUCAGUCCCAUGGAAUUCCCCUUUUUAGGGGAAUUUUUGUAGUUUUACUCCAUGUUUAAUGACGGUGACAAAGCAGAGCAGGGGCGCUCUGCUCUUUCCGCUGGGAUCCCUUGGAGUGCCAAGUGCCCAGGUCAGUUCUGUGUUCACAAUCAGAGGUUCUCCAUGCGCUGGAAAACGGUCUGGGAAAGGGGAAGAGCAUCAGCACAGCCCUGGUGUGUGUGACUAACUCCCUAUGGCCCGCUGGAUCUGCGCUGGGACACAGCUGUGCUGUCACCAGCCUUUAUUUACCCCUGUUCCACGUGUCCUUGUGUCUGUCCUGGGCAUGGAAGGUUCAGCACAGCCCGGGCCUGUGCCUCAGGGUGAGUCCCGUUUCAGCCUCCAGCCCUCAGCACCCUCUGGGAUGGUGUUGGGUGCCAGUCAGCCUCCAGCCUCGAGAUCUAGAUUUGAGGGUGGAAUAGGGAUAUUUGUUUGUCUGGGGUUUUCUCUCUGUUACCAAAGAGACGCUUUUUCAGUCACACUUGGAUCUCUGUAAUAGUCCAUGUGACAUUUCCCAUGGCUGCACUCCUGUCGUUUUGGGGGAAUUCUCCCCUUUCCAUGCAUGCUGUACUCCCUCUUUUCCCUGUGCAUGCUGAGCAGGAUACUGCAGUGGGGAGCCCCUGUGGAAGUUGCACCCUGGGGAUGGGGGUUUGGAAUGGAUCCUGCACGCUCAAUAAAUGCUCUCUAAAAGGAACGAGGUAUCUGCACCUUCCCUGGGGAUGGGAGCUCCUGGAGACACAGCUUUGGAAGUGCUCUGGCUUCCCAGCAAGCAGCUCUCUGGAGCACAGGGAAAGCUGUUCAGAUCCUUCAGAUCAGGUCAUGGUGUCAGGGUUUAUCCCAGGCUAUCAGAAUGACCGUCACCCUGAUCCCACCACACCCUUCCACUCCUUGUUUCUUCCCAGAGAAACCAAUUUCCAGUUUUUUUGGAUUUUUUUCCAAUUCCAAUUUUUCUCAGAUUCCCUUGUGAGCCUGGCUGGAAGUGCUGGACAGCCCCGAGCUCUUCCCUGCCUUAUGAAUCCUGCCCAGCUCUGCCCGUUGCUGUAUCCUGAGAUCUGAGCACUUCAGGGUGGGUUCCUUGUGUGGCACCUCCCUCUGAACAGGGAGGAAAUUCAGAGGGUGUUCUUUGCUGGGGAGAUCUGUGAGCUGGGAUUCUGGACACAGCCAGGGAUCUGAUCACAGGAAAAUCAGGGGAAAGAACGCAGGGCUCCUGUGGAGGGUGAUCUGUGCUGGCUGGGGAGGAAAAUGUUUGUUUUUCCUGCAGCCUUACACAAGUUCCAUUUGUGUCCUGGUCCUUGUUCCACAAGGGGGUGCUGGGCAGGUGAGGGCUGGAAGCAGGAUCAUACAGCUCAGGGAGUGCUUUGGGUGGGAAGGGACCUCAAAGCCCCUCUCAUUCCAUGGGCAGGGACAUCUCCCACCAUCCCAGGGUGCUCCAAGCCCCAUCCAGCCUGGCCUUGGGCACAGCCAGGGAUCCAGGGACAGCCACAGCUGCUCUGGGCACCCUGUUUGGGAUCAGCUGAAUUCAAGUUCUCAUUUAUUCCUCACUCCUUGUGAAAUCACAGGAAGGCUCCCAAACUCUCCGUUAAAAACAUCUCCAUUUCCAGAGUGCUGACUGAAGGGUCUCUAGCCUCGGCUCUUGCUGUGCCGCCUACAGUUCACCACACGUGCACCUGGCUGGCCUUUCACCCACCCUCGCAGCCAAAACUCAUGGAAAAGGCACAGAAACUUGGGCUUUUUGGAAUGUCUGUGUGCCUGGCACCUGUGUGGCUCCUUGAUGAACAGGUUAGUGACAGGCUGGGCUGGGGAGGGUGUAGGAAUCCUUCAGAUCCACAGGAAAAAGCCUGGAUUGAUUAAGCACAGCAGCCUUGGGAGCAGAAGCCACCUUGCAGUGGUUCUGCUGUGGAGAGCUGGGAAAUCUCUGCAGGGCUGGGAAUUCCUGGCAGCGAUCCCAGAGCCUGAUCCCCCCCAGUCCCUGCCCCAGGCACUGGCGUCCCUGGGCUCAGCAUCCUGCAAGUGUUCACUUCCUCACUCUGUGCAUGAGCCUGUGUCACUCCUUUUUCUCUGGAUUUUGGAGUAGAUCCAGCACCAAAGUUCCUGGCUUAUUGUCCAUUCCUUUUUUGUAAACUGCUUGAUUUUUUUUCCUUCUUGUAUAAAAUACUAGUUAUUUUUUUCUAUGCGUCAAA